CCUAGGAAGUUGUCUGUGAAAUGAUGGUAGUAGGUGUUCCCUUUGUGGAGGCGAAAGUAAUUGUACCUGCCAACGGAUCUACUUCCUCUUUAAGUUUAUGUGGUUAUACCGUUAUAGAUAUUGAAAACUUAAUACAUUGCAAGAGGUGGAGCCAUGUUUUGUGACUUUCAGCAUGGAUGAGGAAGACCAUGUGGCCACACAUGUUCAGGCCACAGUUUUGGUACAUGACACUGGCUCUAGUGGUUCUGUUUUUCUUGAUCCGCAAUAUUUAUAAGAUAGAGCAUCUCGGAUAUAGCACAGUAUCUGCAGCCAACCAGCUUCAUAGUUUGGAUCAUCAAACAUUCACUGUUGAUGGCGGUGACCCUGCAAAACUGAUGUAUUGUGGUUAUCAGCAUCAGUUCCUGACAGCUCAAGAAGAAGCUGAGGAAAAAGCUUUGCUUAACACCCUAAAGUGGCCUUUGUUUUCCCAAGAUGUGUCUGAUUUCUUUAGAAGCACAGAUCCUUCUAAAAGCGUUUUUGUUAUUAUGAGGUCUGAGACUAAAUUCAUAAUUGGUAGCCAGUUGGAAAUACUAGUUCGCAUGUCUGAUUUUGAAGGAAGGCCAAAGAAAUAUGGUGGCGAUUAUUUGCAGGCACGAAUCUAUUCUCCUUUGACUGAAACUGGAGCUGUAGGAAAAGUGGUUGACCACCAAAAUGGUAUUUACACUGUCAUUUUCACCAUACUUUGGGAAGGAAUAGUGAAAGUGUCUGUCCUACUGGUUCAUCCAAGUGAAGGCAUUAAAGUUCUUAAGAGGUUACGUGAUGAAAAACCAGACAGAGUAUUCUUUAGAAGUAAGUUUAGAUCUGGGACCUUUACAGAAAGCACAGAGUGCAAUCUUUGUUUGCCAGGAGGGCAUCCUGUGUGUAACUAUACAGAUCGCAAUACUGGAGAGCCCUGGUUCUGUUAUAAACCUAAAAAACUGCCGUGUGAUACAAGAGUCAGCCAUUCAAAGGGUGGAUAUCAGAAAGGACUUUUGACUGAAGAGGAACCAUUAUUCUUCCAAAGUGGUAUUAAUAUCAAAGUGCCUAUUUUAUCCAGUGGCCCUGAUUAUGUGAUGGUAGAGCCUUCUGGCAGCAAAGUAAGAGCAAAAAAUACUGAAACAACUGCAUCUGAUAAAGCUACAUGGUUUCCUUCUGGAUUCUAUUUUAAUGAUACCUGGGUGUCGAUGAGGUACAGCAUCCAGAGGUUCAACAACCCAGAAGAUGUGACAGCAUGUUUGCAAGGCAAAGUGGUCCACUUUUUUGGAGAUUCAACAAUAAGGCAGUGGUUUAACUACUUAACUGCAUUCCUUCCAGUGGUACUUUACUCCCAUCCACCAGACCAGUCUGCAACAUCAAAGUCUGAGGGUCUGGAUACUUUGAUCCCAGUGGCCUCAACCCAAGGAUUCCUCAGAGCAGAUCUCGGGGAAUUUGACCUCGGCAGCCCCAUAAAUGUUGGGCCAUAUAUGUCUGUGGAUACAAAAAACAAUAUAAUGCUGAAGUUUCGUUGUCAUGGCCCUCCAAUCCGAUUCUCAUCUGUUUCUAGCAGCGAGUUACGAUAUAUUGCUAAUGAACUAGAUGGUAUAGAAGGAGGACUGAAUACCGUGGUUGCCAUAAGCAUUUGGUCACAUUUCAGUACAUUUCCAGUGGAAGUUUAUAUUAGAAGAUUAAGAAAUAUAAGGAAGUCCGUUCUUCGCAUGCUGAACAGGAGUCCAGAUACUGUAAUAGUUAUCAAAACAGCCAAUGUCCAAGAACUUGGACCAGAAAUAAGCCUGUUCAACAGUGACUGGUUUUCAUUUCAGCUUGAUAUGGUGAUGAGGAAAAUGUUUGAAGAUGUUAAUGUUUUUUGGGUCGAUGCUUGGGAAAUGACUCUGGCCCAUCACCUUCCGCAUAAUUUACACCCACAACCUGUUAUCAUUAAAAAUCAGAUAGAUGUAUUUCUGUCACAUGUGUGUCUGCGUAAUGUACGAGAUGUAUAAAAAGCACCUGUAAUAUAUUCUGGGUUUUAAUAAGCCCACAUAUUUGACCUACUCUGACUUAUAGGUUCCAUUAAUUGUGUAUUAUUAUUUCCUUAAUUUGCUUGUAAAAAUAUUUUGCAUGAAAAUGGGAGGUUUUCUUCUUAAACAUAGACUAUUCCUAUUGCGUUCUGCUAACCUGAGACUGAUAUUUAAAAGCACCAUGGGUAGGUUUUACUAUAAACCAUGGUGAAGCCUGAUGGACACAAGUGUCCAUUUUCUGUGCUGACCUGAAAGCUUUAAUGUUGUUACUAAAGGUCUUGCUUAGUCACAGAGCUCACACAGGGAGACUCAGGUAAUCACACCCAGGUCUACAAUAGCUAAUCGUAAGUUCACUGACUUUACAUUCGCCCUAUGCUAUACUAACAGUUAUUCGUAUGACAACAGCCUGAAAUAUUCACAACAGGGUCUAAUGACUUUGAGUAGGGGCUGAACUACAGAGGAAGAUAAACUCUAAAGGAGCUCUUAAAACACAGUGUACAGAUUUUUAUGUUUAGUCAGAAUAAAUAAAUAAAUUCUUACAUCA